AUGGAAGAUUGUUUUGGUGAAAAAUUAAAAGCGGUCACCUCAGAAAUACAUCAUUUAGGAGAUAGGGUUUGUGCAUUGGAAGAUAAUCAAGAAAUAAAUGAAAAUCAGUGGACUGAAUGUCGGAAAUUACAAAGAUCGCAGACUGAAGCUAUUCUGUCCUUACAAAGGAAACUAGAUGAUAUCGAUAAUCAGGGAAGACUAAAUAAUCUACGGAUAAGAGGGGUCCCUGAAACCAGGCAGGAUGAACUAGAAGAGCCUACAAACAUUCGUAUUCAUAUUUUCAAUCAAAUUUUAGGAAGAUCUCCGGACUCUAAGAUCAAGCUUGAUAGAGCGCAUAGAAUAGGAAGACCAAGAAAUCCACCACAAGAAAAUCCUCGAGAUUUAAUCUGCUGCAUCCAUGACUUUUUAUUAAAGGAAAAGAUAGUACAGAAAGCCCGACUUAUGAAGGAAAUUAAAUUUGAUGAACAUUCUAUUGCAGUUUUUCAAGAUCUUUCACCUUCUACCCUAAUGGCACGUAAGGCUUUGAGACCGAUCACUCUUCUAUUGGGACAGAAACAAAUAAAAUAUCAGUGGAACUAUCCAUUUGCACUAAUGGUUUUUCAAUGCACUAAUGGUUUUUCAACACUCCAAAAUACAUACGAUAAAGACACCAGCAGAUAUACCAGAUUUCUUACAAGCUCUGGGGCUCCCUCCUAUUGA